AUGUUGCUGCUUGUCGGUACUGUGAGUUGGCUGGUGAACGCGGUAUAUGGCCAAAGCCCACCCGCCGCGUAUUUGCGGACGCCAUCCACCCAACAGCUUGAGUGGCAUCGGCUUGAAUACUACGCAUUCGUCCACUUCGGGCCCAAUACCUUCACAGACGAGGAAUGGGGAAAAAGUCAGAGUACUCCUGAUGUCUUCAACCCGACAGCUCUAGAUACGGAUCAGUGGGCCAAGUCUUUUGCAGAUGCCGGUAUGGCGGGAAUGAUCUUAACAGCAAAGCACCAUGAUGGCAUGGCGCUAUGGGAUACAAACACGACGACGUAUAAGAUUGGUAACGGAGAAUGGGCAAAAGAUCGUGUUGAAAAAGGUCUCAAUGCGGACGUCGUGCAGUUAGCAUCUGCCUCUGCGAAGAAAUACGGUAUCAAGUUCGGUAUUUAUCUGUCGCCGUGGGAUAUACACCGUGAUCCAGCCAUGCCGAAGCCCAACUUAACCGGUACCUUGUAUGACGAGCCGCAGAUUUUCGGCGAUGAUAACGCUGGCGAUUAUAAUGAGCUUUAUUAUCAGCAAUUAACCGAAUUGGUUACAAUGAAGCUGAGCGAUGGCUCACCUGUCCAAGUAUCUGAGUUGUGGCUCGAUGGGAAUAGCGGCUCCGAUACUGUGCAGACGUUCAACUGGACAGGUUUCCGCAACAUCAUUCGCGAGCAUCAGCCAGGCGCAAUCAUGUGGGGUCACCAGGGUGUAGAUGCUCGAUGGGUGGGAAAUGAGGACGGAGUGACGGUAGAGACGAAUUGGCACACGAUCAGUAGGACUCAGGAUCAGCCGCACUAUUCAGGCGACGAGCUACAAACUGGUGUACGAGAUGGUACUUAUUGGACCCCAGCGGAAGCAGACGCGCGCAUACGAGACGGCUGGUUCUACCAUUCUAAUGAGAAGCCAAAGACAGCCGAUGCCCUGAUGAGCAUGUAUCUGCAGUCGGUAGGUCGAAGCGUAAACCUCUUGCUCGAUGUCCCACCCGAUACGACGGGACAGCUUCCCAAAGGCGACGUAGAUGUACUACUGCAAUUCAAAGCCCAGCGCGACGCAUUUCUCAACCGUGAGCUGCUUACGUCGGGGCUUGCAGUAAACGCAAGCAGCAUCCGCGGUAAUAACGCUACACUCUACGGGCCAGCCAACGUGCUUGACGGCAACAAAGAUACGUACUGGGCACUUAACGACGAAGAGGGGACGGGAUGGCUGGAAGUCGAUCUCGGUGGGAUUUACGCUGUAGACGCUUUCAUUACACAGGAGCAUAUUCCCCUGGGCCAGAGGAUUGGUGGGUAUACGAUUGAGGCUUCUGUAAACGGCGUUUAUGAGACACUUGUGACAGGCACAUCACUGGGAUAUAAGCGUAUCGAUAGGUUGAAUACAGCUGUCGAAACAAGUAAGAUACGUCUUAGUGUCACACAGGCGAAUGCUACACCGUUGGUUAGUAGCUUCCAGGUGCUUGGUACGCAAAAGGGCUCUUCGUAA